ACUUAGCCCGCUUUGCAUAGAUACCGGUAUCUUUGAUUUGAUGUUCUGAGCAGCUAGUUUAAAUGUUUCUAACCGUUUGUAGCUAGGUGUGGAGCGAUUUGUAAAGAAAGGAAAGCGUGUUCCUGUCAUGAAAGUGUGUGUUUGUCUGGGUGAGAGAUGCUGUCCUCCUGCGGUCCAUAUCUGCGUCUCCUCUCUUGCUCUUUUAUUCUUUUUUUACUCUUCAAAUCCAACCACGCCAAGAGGGAUUUAAAAACCGCCUGUACCACUUGCCAGCAGAUCACCGACAACUUCAACAAGGGCUUUGAGAGAACAGCCAAGCAGAACUUCGGAGGAGGCAACACGGCCUGGGAGGAGAGAAAACUAUCCAAGUAUGAGACGAGUGAGAUUCGCCUGAUGGAGAUUCUGGAGCAUCUAUGUGAAAGCAGCAGCUUUGAGUGCAACCGUAUGGUGGAGGAACACGAGGAGCACUUUGAGACCUGGUGGUUUAAAAAGAAAACCAAACAUCCCGAUCUGCAUAAGUGGUUCUGCAUAGAGACCAUCAAGGUUUGCUGUCCAAAGGGAACAUUUGGACCUGACUGCAACACUUGUAUAGGAGGCUCUGAGAGGCCGUGUCAUGGUAAUGGAGCGUGUGACGGUGACGGGACCCGAGGAGGCAACGGGAAAUGCAGCUGCGACAACGCCUAUAAAGGAGAGUUCUGCUUAGACUGCAUCGAUGGGUAUUUCAACGAAGUCAGGAACGACACUUUCUCUUUGUGUACGGAGUGCCACAGGUCUUGUAAGACCUGCACUGGAGCAACCAACGAGGACUGUGACGAGUGUAAGGAGGGCUGGGAGGACCAAGGAGCCUGUGUUGAUGUGAACGAGUGCACCCAAGAGCCUUCACCAUGCAAAGAGGAUCAAUACUGCCUUAAUAGUGAAGGCUCCUACUCCUGCAAAGCUUGUGACAAAGCCUGCGCUGGGUGCAGUGGACCUGGUUCUGAUGAGUGCCAGGCUUGUGCUGAAGGCUAUCAGGAUGUAGAAGGAUCCUGCACAGAUGUUGACGAGUGCUCUCAGUCUGAGCCUGCGUGUCCAAAGGAACACCAGGAGUGUGUCAACAAUAAAGGUAGCUUCAGCUGCAUCUGCUCCAGUGGCUAUGAGGAGAAGGAUGGAGAGUGCAUCCAACAGAACGAUCCAGCAGAAGAGUCUGAAGAACCGCAGGCAACUACGGAGCCACAUGGGGAGCUCUAAUGUCACAAUGGGAGCAGUAUGGACUAACUGAACCUCAUUAUGUUUUUUUUUUUUUUUUUUUUUACUUCGACCACAUGCACUUAAGAUGCCACCUGCUUUCA